AUGUCUAAAAUCGACAUUCAAACUAUUACUGAGAGAGAGACUACAAGACAAUCUUUUGAUUUUGAAGUCCAAGUGGGAAGGGAAAACGAUGAGCUACGACGUCAGCUUAACACAAAAAUUUGGUCAAAUAUUCACUAUGAAAAAUCUACGCCGACAAUAGAAGUACCAGAAUUCUCGGGUAGCUACAUGCAAUUGAUUUCUUUCAAAGAUCUUGCAAAAUCUGAACACAAAGUUGAGAGGAGAAGCCUAGUGCAACAUCUCAGCAUCGGCGCUAAACACUAUGACUUAUGCUGGGAGAUAAUCACCCAGCGCUACGACAGUCAGCGUCUUCAGUUUACAUCUUUCGUCAACACCAUGCUCAACUUGCCUGUAAUACAACACCGCGAAAACUACAAUUUAAAAAAGAUGCAUGACGUCAUAACCGAAUGCCUUAACGGGUUCGCUAACGUGGGUAUCGAAACAUCCACUUGGGACCCACUCAUCGUCGAUCUGAUGUCGCAGAAAUUGGAUACUUCAGCGUACACUGACUACGUGAGAGAACAAUAA